AGUGAAAUUUGUCCUUGUUUUUUUUAAGGGUUUCUUUCCUCGGAAAGACCCUCGUGUCCCUGUCUUUGGAAAUUAGGGCUUCGAUCUUUCUCUCUGCAAAUAAUGGAUUCUUUGGUAGCUAACUAUGCCUCUUCUGACGAAGAAGUAGAAGAAGGAGGAUCAGAGAAGCAACAAGAAGGAAACCCAUCGAAGUCUGCAGAUUAUGUUUCAAAGUCUACCUCCAAUUUAAGCGAUACCGACAAAAAUUCCUCGUCCUCCUCUUUCUUCUCUUCUCUUCCACCCCCAAAAUCUUCAUCAUCGUCAUCAUCAUCCUCUAGCCUCGUUUUUCUUCCCCCUCCGAAAACCCAUCUCCUAAAUCCAUCAUCUUCAAAUUCUAAUAGCUCACAAAUAUUUGCAGAAGAAGAUGAAGAAGGACAACCUUCUACCACCCCCAAAUUGUUCGAUCCCGCUAAACCCACCUCGUUUGCUUCUCUUCCCCGACCCAAAUCAUCUGCCAUACCUCAGCCCAAGAUCCAGAACGACCGUCCCGUGAAUACAUCAUCCUUUUUCUCUUCCCUUCCUCCACCCAAGACCCAAAACUCAGACCCACCUGUUCUCUCCAAACCUCUGUCUUCUUCAGAUCCUAAACCCAAAAAGGUUGUUCAAUUCAGGCCUCCCAUAAUACCUAUAAAUUCUCGCGAUGUUGAUGAUGAAGACGAUGAUGAGAAGGAGAUACAAAAAAAGAAGUCGAAAGAAUCCGAGUCUUCGACUCAAACUUCGUCCGUGAAGCAAUCCUUUUCUAGUAUGCUUCCUAAACCGAAGAACUCUGGAGCAUUGGGUGCUCUGCCAUCUGCUUCGGGUAUUGGCAGGAGAUCGAUUCUGGAAGCUGACACGCCGGCACCGAGUUUGAGUAAUUUUAAUCCUUUGAGUGAAGUUGGUGUUAAUACAAAUAUGGGGAAUCAUGAGAGCCAGUCUGUUGGUGGGUCCUCGUUGAGCUCAAUUGGAGCUGUUGGUGAUUCAUUAGAAUAUGCAGUUGGUGGUGAUAUUUCGAAUUGGGGUUCAGCUGGUGAGAAUUAUGUUAACUAUAACAGUUAUGGUGGCUAUGGUAAUGCUGGUGGUGAUUCUUCGAACUGGGGUUCAGGAAGUGAGAAUUAUGCAAACUAUGAUAGUUAUGCUGGCUAUGUUAAUCAUGGAGAACAUGGGAAUUACGGUCAUUAUGAGGAUAGUAGGGUUGAUGGGUCAGCUGCAACAGUACCACCGGAGAUGUCGGUUGCAGCUGAAAGUGGUGUGAGAGUACCUGGGAAGAAAGGUAGGAAUGAUGUUCCUCAGGAAAUAGUCGAGGUGAGGCAGGAUGAGUUGAUGAAAAAUCGACCGAGGGAGGACCAAGCCAAAUUAACUGGAAUUGCUUUUGGGCCCUCUUACCAGCCUGUUUCGACAAAGGGGAAACCUACGAAGCUGCACAAGAGGAAGCAUCAGAUCGGUUCUUUGUACUUCGACAUGAGGCAGAAAGAGAUGGAGCUUGCAGAGCGGCGUGCUAGAGGCUUCCUCACCAAAGCUGAAACACAAGCCAAGUACGGGUGGUGAGUUUUAUGUGACUGAGAGGCGAUGAUGCUGGUGAUGGAGGUGAUGAUGCAUCUGGUGAUGCUACAGCUUGAUCUAUGGAUACAUGGACCUAGGACAUUAUGGCAAUGGAGUGGCAGGGGCACCACUAUCAUGGUGUUCUGCAACCGCAACCUAAACGUUGGCCUCUCGUGACGUUCCGCCGUAAGGCUGUUGUUUGCUUGUCUUUAGUUUUCUCCUGUGCCUGUGCCUGCCAAUGGAUUCAGGUAUUCCCCGAGUUUGUCUUUACUAGAAGUCACAACUGAUUCGAGUAUUUGUCGACAGUGCCCUUGCUAGAGAUGGUGGGUACGGUACGUAUGGUGUGUUAGAAUUUUAUAUUUUAGGCAAAUAUUGAAUUUUCCAAUUCCUUGUUAAUCAAGCUCAAGCUGGAAAAGAUCGUGUUUCCAUGAGUCAGAAGGCCAGGUCACAAUAACAAUUCCCAUGCGACUCCAAGUUGCUUAUGUCCCAUAGACAUUUAGCCACUAAUUUUUUUCGUAGCUCAUUCGUAAAUGAACAGUCAAGAAACAGAUUCUUCAAUAUAUUGAGUAGGAUAGAUAACUGGAUUUGGGUCUCCAUAAGUUAAAACACUCACUAGUGGUAGACCAUAGCGGGUUCUAAUUAGGUUCACGGUAUGUGAUCUAGUACUAAAAAGAGAAUUGAAUGAGAAGUGUAGAGUGAUAAAUUUAGAUUCCACUAAGCACAUUUGUUAGAACAUGUAUUAUAAUUGAGUAAUUUCAUGAAAUCUAUAUAAAUUUUAAUAUAUUUUAUGGUCACGAUGUUACAAUGAUGAAAAUUCGAAAGGGAGGAGAUCCUGUUUCAAGUUGCAUCAAAAGAAUUCUCCAUUUGAAUGGUUUUGCUUAGGGACAAAGGUAUUUGGUUUAAUUUAUUAGACUUAAAAUGAUUAGUGUUAAAAU